AUUUGUCUUCACCAUUCCUGCCUCUCUUUGCUGUCAAACUAACACCUGAAGCUAUUGGAGAAUCCUUCUUGGAUUUAAUCACCCGCGCGUUUGACGGAUCUCUCUCUCUCUCCCUCGCGUCGCUCUUGUCGAGGAAUCUGGAUUCAGCCUUUUCAUAGCUUCUACGCAGGUGAAGAUUUUUCCGAUUGGUGAUACCUUUAAUGUUUUUGGUCUCGUUUGGGGUCUGAUUAGCAAAAAGGAUGCUGGAUUAGCCACGAAAUUGGCUUUUAUCUGUGGUUGUGAUCAGAAGAAGGGAGGAGCUGGUUUUGGGAAUUUUAUGCAGAGGUAUGGGGUAUUUGAACUCAGUGUUGUCUUCUUCAAGCCAGGUUCAUGCCGACGAUGGUCCGGUCAGUGGCGGAGGCCUCAGCCAGAACGGGAAGUUUAGCUAUGGAUAUGCGAGCUCUCCUGGCAAAAGAUCAUCAAUGGAGGACUUCUAUGAGACAAGAAUCGUUGGUGUCGAUGGAGAGAUCGUUGGUCUAUUUGGAGUCUUUGAUGGACAUGGAGGUGCACGUGCAGCUGAAUAUGUGAAGCAAAACCUUUUCAGUAACCUGAUCAGACAUCCGAAGUUCAUUUCUGAUACCAGUUCGGCUAUUGCUGAUGCAUACAACCAGACAGACUCGGAAUUUCUGAAUUCAGAAAAUAGUCAGAACAGAGAUGCUGGUUCAACGGCCUCAACAGCUAUCCUAGUUGGUGACCGUCUACUUGUUGCAAAUGUAGGCGAUUCCAGAGCUGUUAUCUGCAGAAACGGCAAAGCUAUUGCGGUGUCCCGAGAUCACAAGCCUGAUCAAAGUGAUGAGCGCCAACGAAUCGAGGAUGCCGGAGGAUUCGUCAUGUGGGCUGGAACAUGGAGAGUUGGAGGAGUUCUUGCUGUUUCUCGUGCAUUUGGUGAUAGGUUGUUGAAGCAGUAUGUUGUGGCUGAUCCCGAGAUUCAGGAGGAAAAAGUCGACAGCACUCUCGAGUUUCUUAUUCUAGCGAGUGAUGGACUGUGGGAUGUUGUAUCUAACGAGGAAGCAGUAGAGAUGAUAAAAGAGAUAGAGGAAGCAGAGGAAGGGGCGAAGAAGCUGAUGAAGGAAGCGUACGAAAGAGGAAGCGCAGAUAACAUAACAUGCGUCGUAGUACGGUUCUCCUCAGGAGGAGGAGGAGGAUCCACCAGCUCCUCCUCCGGCUCGGACCAAAAGAUCUCAUCCGACUGAACUCUUUAGUUCAAACCACCAAUGGUAAAACUCCCUCUCCUCUCUGGCUUAUAUUCCCAUAUUUUUUUUAACAAAAACACCAAUUUAAAAAAAAAUGAACCAUAAAUAGAAACCCUUAUACAUACAUGCACGUUGUCAUCUUCCCCUUCGUUUGCUACAAUUAGUUAUAUGUAGGAACAGAACAGAGUCCCAUGAUGUGUGUUCUUAAAAUUGGAAAAGAUCUUAGAUGCGUUCCAUAAUGUAAUGCUGUUGUUAUUCUUACCCCCCUUGUUUGCGCUUGUGUGUGUGUGUGUCGUAAAACGUAAAACUGAACAAGUUCCUUUUAUAUUUUCUUCCAUGUCUUGUGAUC